CCGUCUGCAACAGUGAUGCUGCAUGCGCGCCGCGACCGUGAUCGAUCAAUCGAGCCGAUCCACCAGCGAAAAGUAUCCGUUCAGACGCAUGCUCCAUUCCAUCUAGCUUGCUCACCAUUCGCGCGCGUAUAAAUUGGAGCGCAGGCCCGUGCUUGCUACGGAUAGCUCGCUCGUAAACCAUUACAAGGAGGGGAGUGCUUAGCCAACUAACUAAUGGCGCCGAUUCCCAGCUCGCGCCGCCUCUUUGGCGCAUGGCUUGUGCUUGUGCUCGUGGCCGCCACCGUCGUCGUCGACGCCGCCGCGGCGCGAGAGGGAGCCAGGUCACGCCGAGGCGCGCUGCUGCCUAGCGCGGCCGUCCGGCACGAGCGGUGGAUGGCCAAGUUCGGGCGCGCCUACACGGACGCCGUCGAGAAGGCGCGCCGGCGGAAGGUGUUCGCGGCCAACGCGCGGCACGUCGACGCUGUGAACAGGGCGGGCAAUCGGACGUACACGCUCGGGCUCAACCAGUUCUCCGACCUCACCGACGACGAGUUCGUGGAGAAGCACCUCGGGUACCUGCAGCACCAGCUUCGUCCUCAGGAGAUCAACAACACGGCGGCGGCAGCGGCGGGCGUGUCCAAAAAGGGUGCGGCGCUGAAGGAUGGCCUUAAAAAAAAGAAGGGUGCGGCGCUGAAGGAUGGCCAGCUGCGGUACAUGCCUGGCAGCGUGGACUGGAGGGCACAGGGCGCGGUCACCGAGAUCAAGAACCAAGGCUCCUGCGGGAGUUGCUGGGCGUUCGCGGCGGUGGCGGCGGCGGAGGGGCUCGUAAAGAUCACCACCGGCGAACUCAUCUCCAUGUCGGAGCAGCAGGUGCUCGACUGCACGGGGGGCAUCAGCAGCUGCAGCGGCGGCGACAUCAACGCCGCGCUCCGCUACGUCGCCGCCAGCGGCGGGCUGCAGCCGGAGGCGGCCUACGCGUACGUCGGCCAGCAGGGCGCGUGCCGCGGCUUUGGCGCCACGCCGAACUCGGCCGCGUCCGUCGGCGCGCCACAGUGGGCGGGCCUGUACGGCGACGAGGGCGUGCUGGAGCAGCUCGUGGCCAGCCAGCCGAUCGCCGUGGCCGUGGAGGCCACGGACCCGGACUUCCGGCACUACAGGAGCGGCGUGUACGCCGGGAGCCCGUCGUGCGGGCAGAGGAUAAACCACGCCGUGACGGUGGUGGGCUACGGGGCGGACGGCGUCGGGCAGGAGUACUGGGUGGUGAAGAACCAGUGGGGGACGAGGUGGGGCGAGGCGGGCUACAUGCGCAUCGCUCGCCGGAGCGGCGCCAGCUGCGGCAUCGCCACCUACGCAUACUACCCGACCAUGGGCAGCUACUAGUACAUCAGUCGAUGCAUCUAUCAUCAUCGGGUAUAAUUUAUCAGCUACAGUACCAUGCGAUUGAAACUGGAUGGAUUCUUAAGAAGGAAUACUGAAGCCAUGACUGGAUCGGUCGUAAGAGCGACCCAUUUUAUUCAUGCCAAUGCAACAUGACGCGACUGUUUAUAUAUGCAAAAAGUACUAGUAACUUUGUUGUAGUCGCUGUAUGCGAGAUUCUGUAGUUCUUGCGUUUUGCCUAUUUCCCCUGUUUUUAGUUCUUUCAGUUUGCUCUUAGAAAAAAGACAUGCUCCUGUGUGAUGUAAUAACUGUUUUUUUUUUGAGAAAGUGAUGUAAUAACUGUUGAACCUGCUUUUGGUCGGGUU